AUGUCAUCAUCUCGUUCGAAUUGUUUAUAUCGAAAUCGAAUUCGUUCUUUAAUAAGUCAUCGACCAAUUCGUUCUAUUGAACAAUUAUCAUUACAUUCAUGUUUAAAUCAUAUUCGUCCUUAUUGCUCAUUAUCAACAUCAGCAAUUAUCAACGAAAUAUGUCUUCGACGUUUACUUAAAUCUAAUUAUUUAUGUCAAUUUCAAGAAUCUGAUCAAACAUCUGAAUAUAAAUUAUUACCAAAUAAAUCAACAUUUAUUCUUGGUCAUUAUAUGUUAACAUUACAAUUAAAUACACUUCAUCUAUAUGUAAUUGAUAAAAAUCGUUUGAUUUUAAUUGGUGAAGAUUUAUGUACAGUAAAAAUUGUUUUUAUUGGCAUAUGUACAUACAGUGAUUUUGAACGAAGAAAUAAUUCGAAACAAGAUGGUUUUAUUUUAAUGACAGCUGAUCAACGUUUAUUUUUAUAUGAUUUUAAGUUAAAAUCACGUAUGCCACCAACUGGUAUAUGUUUUCAAUGUGAAAUUCCAGUAAAAUUUCUUGAAAAAUCAUUUGAAUAUCAUGAACAAAAUCAUAUGAUAUCAAUACAUACACGUUAUAAACAACGUGCACAUCUUUUUAUUUUAUUAAGAAUCUGGCCACGAUGGCUAAGUUAUGCAUUUUUAAUUGAACCUCAUAUAUUUGGUUCAGAUCUUAAACAAGCAGCUAUCACACAUGAAUUACUUAUCGUGCAAAAUCAACGAAAUUGUUGCAAUCUAUAUUCACUUCAUACUAUUCUCGAUGAAUAUACAAUAAAAUCUCAUUCAUUAUCAGAUCAUCCAAAUGAAUUAUUACCAAUCAAUGUUUUAAUAAAUUCUUGUCCACCAUGUUUAUUUACAUUUAAUUGUGAGCGUCCAUUAUUUGAUUAUGCUUUUUGUAGUACACAACAUUUUCUUACACGAAUUAACGAAGAUUAUUUCGUUUUUCAUAUUAAUAAUGAUUCUUUACCGGUUUCUAAUGGGCAUUUAAAACGAUCAUGGACUGAUAAUUUAUCUCCAAAUAGUCAAGUUUAUUUUAUUGAUACAAAUAAUAAUCAUGAUUGUAUUAUCGAUAUUCGAGAAUCUAUUGUACAUGUUUGGCAAUUAAUUCAUGAUGAAUCAACUAAUAUUAAACAUUUAUAUACAAUUGAUGAUGGAAUAGCUACAGUAGGAUUAUCAAAUGAACGACAUAUAACACGUUAUGGACGACAAACAACACCUCAACAAGUUUUAGAUUUAUCAUCAACGGUUUUAACUGAUCAUUAUUUUGAUACUUAUAAUAAUUUAUUAACAUUACUUUUCGAAUCUGAAGUAUCUGACAUAGCAAUAAUACGUCUUGUUGAACAUCCUAUUGGUGUUUGUCGUCAAGAUAUUAAUUUUAAAAAGAAUAAUAAGCAUAAUCAAUUAAAAAUUAUGCAUGAACAUGAUAAAUUAAUUGUACAAGAACUGAGUUGUCAUACAGUUAUACUUCGAAUAUUUACAUUGCAACGAUCUAGAUGA